AUGUCGGGCCUCGCAGCGACUACAUUGCGCAGUGCGCUACUCCAUCUCGAGACUGCUUUUCUUUUCACCAGAUCCGACUACAAGACAAUACUCUUCCCGGUGAUCGUUUUCGCGCUUGUUCUAUCUCCUCGUCGUCACCCGCUAGCCCUGUCUCACGCUCUGUGCUGGGUCUGGCUCCAUCUCCUACAAGCCAACGUCUCUAACCAAACGUACUCUGCACAUGAAGAUGUGGUGAAUAAGCCAUGGCGUCCUGUGCCGUCCGGGCGCAUUAGCGUCAGAGAUUGUCGUGCAUUGCGUUGGCGACUGACGGUCUUCUGCUUGGGUCUUUCAUUCCUUUCCAGCGUCAACGCACUGAUAUCUAGUGCGUUGUUAACCGUGGUCGAGAUCGUGCAUGACGACUUUGGUCUCAGUCACCAUCCCGUUUUCAAGAAUUUGUGCAACGUAGGGGGUUACACGACUUUUGAAAUUGGUGCUACAUUGGUCCUGUCGGGGGAAUCCUACCUGGAUGGAACGAGCAUAACAGCACUUGCCUGUAGUGCGCUUGUCAUAUUUAUGACAAUUCAUGCACAGGAUUUCGCAGACGCGAAUGGUGAUCGCAUGUCAGGACGACGAACUCUGCCGAUUGUAGCGCCCGAAGGUUCCCGUGUCUAUAUGCUCUGCGCGCUUCCGUUGAUUUCUCUCGCUCUUUCCUUCAUUUGGAGCCUGGGACCACUCUGCAGCGUUUUAUUUGUAUCUACAGGCUUAUGGGUCGGACUUCGGUGCUUUCUCUUCCGCGAUGAAAUUAAUGACCAGUCAACGUACUUGCUGUAUAAUAUGUGGCUUUUGGGUGUUCAUCUCUUGCCUGCUAAUGCACGAUUUCGUGUAUUGGCGUGGUAGUGCUGUAGACACCUUCCGCGAAGAGACCCAGCAAUUUUGUGCUAUGGUACAGUUGCGGACAAGCAAACUCGACAAAUUUGGACAUCACCAAAAGAUUGAUUUUUCCUGCUGCCACAAAUGACCCGGAACCCAUUUUUAGUGCAGAAUCCAUUGAUUGAAGACCAAAGCAACUGAUUUGCACGAGCAGAUUGUUACAAAACUGCCAUAUAAAAGUUUUGGAGGCCAAAAUUUUGGCCAACCCCUAAAUAAAUUGC